UUGCGCGCGCAACGCCAUAAAUGAUUACCCUAUGGAGCCACCUUAAGUGGUACGGCGCGCAAGAAAACCCACGCGUGACGCGUCGAUUCAUGAGUUAUACAUCGAGUUACGCGUGAUCUGUGUGACCAUUUGAUCUUAUGCAUGUAAAGCAAUUGGAUUUCAUUUUUUUCACAGAAAGUGGAGAUGGUGCAGGGCCAAGUAAUCAAGAAGCCGGCCAAAGUCAAGCUGAAGGAGGAAAUGCAGCAACUCAACAAAUUGAGAUUGAGGAUGAUGAUUCCAGUACUGCCCUAGCUCCACAAUUCGAUGAUGACAGUGACGAUGAUUUAGGGACGCCAGUCUUCUCGUCCACUCCCACCCUAGUGCCCAAAUGUACAGAUUUUAUACAAAGGAAGGUGGAAAAGAUUGUGGAGACAUUUUAUAAUUCAAUCACUAUCAGUGGUGCAGUGACGAAGGAUGUUAAUCAGAGUGCUGAUCAGGCAACAGAAGGUAAAUGUUGAUGAUCCUGACCAGUACUGUUAAGAAAAAUAUAACUUAAGUUAAUUGAUGUUUCAUUAAAGACUGUGAUGAUAUCAAUAUUGUGCCACAAUCACACAUAAUUACAAGUGUCAAGAGACAACAUGUAUAAUUACUCUGGUCACUAGUAUAAAUAAGUAAUUAAGCCGUCAUUCCUAAAAAAUAUCUCACGAUCAGGCACUAAAGAAAAUUAUUAUAUGACCACCUCUGUAAGCGGGCAAGAUGAACCGAAUAUCAUGCUGUGAUUAGCUUUGUCACGGUCAUAAAC